AUGGUGAAUAUAAAAAUGGGUAAAAAGUUGGCAAAUGGGAUAUUUAUUUCAAUUAUGGAGUAAAUAAAAAGAUGUAAAAUAAUUAUUAAUUAUAUAAUCGUUUUAGUGGCGAUGGUUCAUAUGAUUAAGUUAGUGUUGGGAUAUGGAUUGAGAUAAAGGAUAAUUUUAAAUAUGUAGAGUAUGAAAAUAGUAAGAAAAUUUAGAUUUGGAUAGAAAUGCAUGGUAAUAUAAGGGCUCCAAGAAGAACACAAAGAAAUUGAUUAGAAGGAGCGAAUGA